AUGUCCUUGGCCUCUACACAGCAUCCAUUAAACACUUCUUUACCUACCACCACCAACGUCGUUGAGAGCAAGAAUACUCCAGACGAAACAGAAGCCAAUUUAAGUACGCUUCUUGGGGCAUAUACAAACGGUCAGAAACACACCUCUAUGGAACGAGGCUCUACCGCAUACACGCAGUCAGGUUUGCAAACGCCCUAUCCACACGCGUUCACCGACGCUCAAUCUGAAGAAUCAUCUGCAGAUAAUACAUCUGCUGCGCAGUAUCCACCACAUCAAGAAGUUCGAUCGAGCAACUACCCUGCAGCAGCUACUACGGCAUCCGAGUACAGUGCAGCUUAUCCACCAUCGUCGGCGCGUCCAGGCAACUUCUCCGAUCACUUACAAAGAACAUAUCAUUCAAGCAGUCAUAGUACUGGCAGUGGAGGAAUGGCUCAACCAACAAGUCCGUCAAUACCUUUGCAAGAUGGCCGUUCAACCCAUCAAACCCCGCAAAUCAAAUCUGACCAGGAUGUUCCUAUAGAUCCAUCAAUUGCUGCUUCCAGCCCUACCUACGCGUCGCACCCCGGCCAACAUUCUCCAUACCCUCCACAAGACACAUUGCAGUAUAGUUACUCCUCCCAACACACCGGCGGCGCGAUGUACACUCAGCCAAGACCCGAUUGGGCCGGUUACGCAGGUCACCCACCUCACGCAAGUCAUCAUCAAUCUUCUCACAAUGGGAUGAACUAUCCAGUUACUGGUGCCCCAAGCCAAUCGUCCGUAACUGCCGUUGGACGAGGUCAAAAUCAAGGUCGUCAGCAGGUCUAUUCAUUUGUACCAAUCCCUGGUUCUACGCAACAGAAGCGUCCCAGAAGACGAUUUGAAGAGAUUGAACGUAUGUAUAAGUGUGGACAUCAAGGAUGUGAGAAAGCGUAUGGUACAUUGAACCAUCUCAACGCGCAUGUUACAAUGCAAUCCCACGGAAGCAAACGUACACCUGAAGAAUUCAAAGAAAUCCGAAAGGAAUGGAAGGCUCGCAAGAAGGAGGAAGAACUUCAACGUAAGGAAGCAGAGGCCGCUCGUGCUGGUGGUGCUUCCACUGUUGCUGAGUCUCACUCUGAGGGUGCUCCAGCUCAAGGUGCUUAUGCUCCAGGUCGUAACGUUCAGCUCCCUCCUAUUGGGGCUCCUAUCAAUUAUCAACCUGGUGCACAAGUUCCUAACCAAUAUCAACAACCUCAAGCACCAGCCUCCUCUGUCCAGCAAUUGCAGGGUUAUAAUAAUGGUCAAGCCAACAUUGAUCACUAUGCUCAACCUAAGUACGAGCAUUAG